AUGGCGCAGUCAACCGUCCCAUGUUAUUUACCCAACUUUGGUGCUACGUAUGAUGGCCCGAAACGCCCUAUCUCCAUGAAACUGCGAACAGAUGCUCUUCAAAGCUCUGGAUUGCUAUCUGCAUGGCGCGAAGGCCAAUUGUGCCACUUGUUACAGGCCUCGUGGGCCCUACUUCUACAUCGCUACACAGGUUCUGAGGACAUCUGCUUUGGCUACCAUCAGAUUGGUAACGAGUCUCAAGAUUUACUACAGUCUUUGGAGGCUGUGGAUCCUGCCCUCCUCAAAGUAUCAGUCAAAGAAGGCGUCUCCCUUAAGACAUUUUUCGACCAAGUCAAGACAAACAACUCUAUCGACAGCCCCCCCGAGAUAGCCAGAAGCUCGCUCACAGCCUCUGAAAAUGCCCUGCUUUUCAACACAAUUUUGAUGAUACGAAUCUGUCACGAUUCUAAGGGAACCUCACCCGCCAUCCCACUACCAUCCAGCCUGCCAAUAGCGCUUCCUCAGGAGUGUCGGGUUCGCCUUCAUGUCAAAGUCCUGCAGGAGGAGGUAAAUAUUUUCUUCGAAUGGUGGAACAAUGACAUGCCCACCGCGCAAAUGAAAAGCAUUGCUGGUGCUUUUGAGCAUAUACUAGCAGAUCUCCUUGCAGCAAAAGAUACAGCAGUGGACGAUCUUGACAUCUUCCCAGAAAACGAUUGGUCUCGAGUAUGCAAAUUCAAUUCAGUGCUUCCAGAAAAGUACGAACGCUGCAUUCAUGAAGUGAUCCAUGAGCGGACUCUUCUCCAACCAGAGAACGAGGCUGUCUGCGCCUGGGAUGGUAGCCUUACCUACAAAGAAUUGGAUUCGCUUUCCUCCAAGGUUGCAUAUAAUCUUCAGGAAAGAGGAGUUGGGCCAGAGGUCUGCGUAGCCCUCUGUUUCGAGAAGUCGAAAUGGAAUAUCGUGGCGAUGCUCGCUGUCCUGAAAGCUGGCGGUGCUUUCGUACCUAUGGACCCAGCUCAUCCUACAGCACGAUUGCAAUCCCUCGUGCAAGGCGUGCAGGCGCGGAUUAUGCUUUGCUCUCGAAGUCAAGCAAACAAGCUCCAAACAGUGGCAGAAACACUGAUACCGUUGGACGAGCAAACCGUCGAUGGCCUUCCGGAUCUUCCCACAGGUACUUUCUCCUCGACGACAGUGAAGAGCUCAAACGCAGCAUAUGUCAUUUUUACCUCCGGUUCUACUGGACAACCAAAGGGCACACUACUGGAGCAUAGAGCAUAUGUUUCAGGUGCGCUGGCUCAUGGACCAGUGUUUGGCCUCACUCCAUCAACUCGAGUUUUACAAUUUGCAUCGCAUACCUUUGACGCAAGUUUAGUCGAUAUCCUCAGCUCGUUAAUAUUCGGUUCUUGCAUCUGCAUCCCUAGCGAAGAAGCACGUCUGAAUGACAUUGCCAGCGUGAUAAACGAGAUGAAAGUGAAUCAUGCAUCUCUGACGCCAUCUUUUAUUGGAUUCCUCGAUCCUGCGGCUGUUCCAGGGCUAGAGACCCUCGUCCUAGCCGGCGAAGCAAUGUCUCCGCAACAUUUGGCGACAUGGUCUCAUCUCAAGCUUGUGAACGGAUACGGCCCAACAGAGAGUUCUGUUGCAGCUGCCCUCAAUGCUGAUAUGUCUCCUUCUUCAGAUUGCAGGGAUAUUGGCUUGCCAGUCGGAGUGCGCUGCUGGGUCGUGAACCCCGCGAACCAUGACCAGCUUGUGCCCGUUGGUUGCCCCGGUGAGCUGGUCCUGGAAGGACCAACGCUUGCGCGAUGUUACAUCAAUAACCCACAGAAGACGAACGAAGCAUUUAUUUUCAACCCUUGCUGGACGAAGCGAGAUCGUGCCGGUGGCUCAGACCGAAGGUUUUACAAGACCGGUGAUUUGGUAAGAUACAAUUCCGAAUCUGGAUCAUUAACGUAUAUAGGACGGAAAGACGCACAGGUCAAGUUCCAUGGUCAGAGAGUUGAGCUUGGGGAGAUUGAGAACCAGCUGAGCGCAGACACGGACAUCAAGCACUGCAUAGUGUUGCUUCCCAAGUCCGGGUUCGCACAAGGAAAACUCGUGGCCGUCCUGUCACUGUCCGCUGGUCUUGGAGAGGCGCUGGAGACAGAUGCGGUGCCCCUUAAGCUUAUCGAGCAUCGUGAGAAGCUUCAAUAUGUCAAGGAUAUUCGGGAACGAUUGUCAACUAGGCUGCCGACAUACAUGGUGCCCGGAGUCUGGCUAUGUGUCGAGACUUUGCCGAUGCUUGUGUCUGGUAAACUAGACCGGAAAUCUAUUGCGACCUGGGUUUCGAACAUGUCAGAAAACCCAGAAGUACAUGUUACUGAGGCCGCCAAUACUCGUGCCGCUAACUCGACGGAGGAUCAACUGGCGUCGAUUUGGAGUCGUGUGCUCAACAUACCCAAGGAUCGCAUCGGCGUUGACGAAAGCUUUUUGAGUCUAGGAGGAGACUCCAUUGCGGCGAUAACCUGUGUUGGCCAUUGCAAGAAGCAAGGCAUUGGCCUUACUGUGCAGGAGAUACUUCGCAGCAAAUCCAUCAGAGAAUUAGCCACGCGCGUCAAGGGAGUGACUCAACCGGUAGCCUACCACGAAACGAUUGAGGAACCUUUUGGGCUCUCCCCAAUACAGAAACUGCAUUUUAUGGUGCGCAAGGAAGGACAGGGCUACUUCAAUCAAAGUGUGCUCACUCGCAUCGACCACCAGAUCAACGACCAAGAUAUGCGCCGCGCAGUCGAGGCGGUGGUUAUGCGCCAUUCCAUGCUUCGAAGCCGGCUAGUCGAUCCCGGUACGGGUAGUUCUUUACAGCAGCGCAUUACUGAGGACGUCGCUGGCUCGUACCGCUGGCGAACGCAUCAUACGACCUCGCAGAAUGAGAUCGAGAAUGCUAUUGCGGAAAGCCAGUUGUGCAUCAAUGCCUUCGUCGGCCCUGUUUUUGCGGUUGACUUCUGCUAUGUUGACGACGAGUCGCACAAUCUCCUGUCCCUGGUGGCUCAUCAUCUCGUCGUUGACAUAGUCUCGUGGCGUAUCAUUCUGGAGGACUUGGAAGAUUUCCUGCUAAACCCUCAAGGCUUCGUUCUACAGAACAGCUCCCUUCCAUUCCAGACAUGGUGCCGCCUACAAGACGAGCAAUGCGAAUCUCUCGCCUCCGAGAAUGGAGUGCAAUUGGAGGAUCUUUCUGCUCCAGACCUUGCCUACUGGGGAAUGGAGCAGCGUCAGAUGACGUAUGGGGAUGUGGUCUGUGAGACUUUCGAGCUCGAUUCGGAUAGCACUCACUCGAUCUUGUUGGAAUGUCAUCAGAGUUUACGGACGGAGCCGGUUGAUCUGUUCCUCGCUGCUCUCCUGCACGCAUUCGGACAGACCUUCCCAGAGCGUACUUUGCCCGUGAUCUACAAUGAAGGCCAUGGCAGAGAAGUGUGGGAUUCGAGUUUAGACAUAUCACGGACUGUGGGCUGGUUUACGACCCUUUACCCAAUAUUCGUACGCGAAAUCUUUUCCGAUGAUACGGCGAGAACUGUUGCCCGUGUCAAAGAUCUGCGUCGGCAGGUGUCUGAUAAUGGCCGACAGAAGUUCGCAAGCCGCAUGUUCACAGGCAAAGGACAGGAGACAUGCCAACACCACUGCCCCCUAGAAAUGACUUUCAACUACGUCGGGCAGCAUCGCGAUCUGCAGAAGCAGGACGGCCUUUUCCAGCUUAUGGGACACAUGGCUGGUGAGACUGGCCAGGGUGGAGGUGCAGCAGAUUUUGGCGAAGAAACUCCACGAUUCGCACUUUUGGAAAUUUCAGCGUUGGUAGUGCAAGGCCAACUUCGGUUUACGUUCUCUUUCAACCGGUUCAUGCGGCAUCAAAAUAGCAUUCGCGCCUGGAUAUCACGUUGCUAUCAGCUGCUUGCUUCGCUCGGCCAGAAGCUGCAGUCUCUGGCCCCUCAACCUACCCUGAGUGAUUUCCCAAUGCUCUCACUCACCUACGAGGAGCUCGACCAGAUGGUUUCAGUGAAGCUACCAAGCGCGGGCAUUACUUCCCUUGAUCUCGUCGAGGAUGUCUAUCCUUGCUCGCGCAUGCAACAAGGUAUUCUUCUCAGCCAGUCCCGAGACAGCUCGGUUUAUGCUGUGCAUGAUACCUUCGAAGUGAAAGGCGUCAGGAUCAAACCUAGCAUCGAUCGUUUGAUCCUCGCUUGGCAAAGGGUUGUUUCGCAUCAUGCAAUGCUACGAACUGUUUUCCUGGAGAACCUGACAAGCCAGGACUUGUUUUGUCAAGUCGUUCUCAAGGAAUACAAUCCAGCUCCCGCGGUGCUGAGAUGCUCCGAAGAACGUGAUGUGCUGUCAACCUUUGACAAUCAACAGCCGGUGAACUAUCGUGACCGCCGUCCUGCUCAUCGUUUCAGUAUCUGCGAGACAGCAACUGGCAAACUAUUUUGCCGACUUGAGAUAAGCCACGCCGCCAUGGAUGGAACGUCCAUUUCCUUGAUCAUUCGAGAUCUGCAACUGGCUUACAGCGGUCAGCUUCGGGACGACCGCAAACCCAUGUUCAAGGAUUACAUGCGGUACUUGCAGAGCUGCUCUCACAGUGCUGGCCUUAAUUACUGGUGCUCUUAUCUUUCCGAUAUCAAGCCGUGCCAUUUCCCCGUGCUCAACGAUGGUAGACCAUCCAACAAGCGGCUGCAAGCGAUUCGUCUAGAUUUUCCAUCCUUGAAAGAGCUUCAGACGUUAUGUGAGAGCAGUGGAUUGACGCUUUCUACGGCAUUCAGUACGGCUUGGGGACUUACACUCCGCUCGUUUUGCGGUUCCAACGAUGUGUGUUUCAGCUACAUGGCUUCUUUGAGAGAUGUCCCGGUCGAUGAAAUUGGCUCUGUUGUCGGACCGAUCAUUAAUAUUCUGGCUUGUCGAAUGAAGGUCACAGAGGACGCCUGUCUCAAAGACGUCUUGAAUCAAGUGCAAAACGAUUACAUGGAGAGUCUACCUUACAGGCACACUUCUCUCAUUGAUAUCCAGCAUGCCUUGAAACUCUCAGACACGAUCCUGUUCAACUCAGGCAUCUCCUAUCGGAAACUUCCACCGCAGACCGUCAGCAACAGGGAUGAGAUGCGACUUUUAGAGGUGGGAUCGAUCCAUGAUCCCGCGGAAUUCCCGGUAUAUGUCAACAUCGAGGCCACAGAUGAUGUUGCAUACAUUGACCUCAACUACUGGACGACUGCUCUGUCUGAAGGCCAGGCGCAGAAUGUUGCCAGCACCUUUUUACGGUCCCUCGAAAACAUAAUUCACCAUGGCGACGAGAACAUUUGCCGACUGGAUCAACUGAGCGUACAGAACAAACAACAAAUCGCUGCCUGGAACAAGACUCUUCCUAAGGCUGUUGACAAGUGUAUCCAUGAGAUCCUCGAGGACAAGGUCAAGCAGUUCCCGGAAGCUAUUGCAAUUGCAGCUUGGGAUGGGAACCUCACUUACGCCAAGCUCAAUGAGUUGUCCUCGCUUCUUGCGUUCUAUCUGACCAAGCUCGGUGUGGGACCUGGCCUCUUUGUGCCUAUUGAUUUCGACAAAUCCUCAUGGCAGAUUGUUGCUAUCUUAGCGGUUCUGAGGGCCGGCGGUAUUUGCCUUCCAGUCGACGAAGCUCAACCAUAUGAUUUUAUCGAGAAAUUGUUGAUUGACAAAGAUGUUCAAGUCGCUCUUGCCUCCCCGAACAAAGCGCAGCUUCUAGAACGCACAAUUCCUUAUGUCGUCCCAGUGGGAAGGUCGCUUUUCGACUACCUUCCUCGUUCAGAUGACAUACCACAUAUCUCUCAUAAGGCAACGGACCAGGCUUACGUUGUGUUUACUGGCGGUGGUGUCGAGGAACCGAAAGGCGUUAUCUUUGAACAUCUUACGGUUAUGACACGGGCUGAGAGCUUCGCUUCGGCUCUCGAACUGAAUAAAGCGACCAAGGUGUACCAGUCCGCCACCUACACGUCCGACAUGUUCCUCCAAGUGCUUUUCGGUACGAUGAUGUGUGGUGGUUGUGUUUGUAUUCCUGCCAACGAUGGAUUCAGCAACCUCCCACAAUCAAUCAAUGCCUCCCAAGCAAACACAGCCAUUAUGACUCCAUCACUCACAUCUCUGUUGCAGCCAUCCGAGGUCCCCAAUGUGCAGGCACUGGCACUCUAUGGUGAGAUCCUGACAAACCAGGUUAGAAAGAUUUGGUCCGGAAGGGUUCGUAUGCAUUCUUUGUAUGGAGCAGCCGAGUGCUCUUCAAGCUGCAUUCAUGCCUCAGAGUGUCAAACACCGGGUGAGACAAGGAACCUUGGACUUGCGGCCGGGUGCAUAACUUGGCUUGUUGAUCCUUCGAAUCAUGACCUUCUGGUUCCGAUUGGCAGUGUCGGUGAAGUGGUCGUUGAGGGUCCCGCCAUCGCUGCUGGGUACUUGCUGGACAAUGGGCAUGUCCAGAGAGGCUUCAUUGAGGAUCCCGUUUGGACUAUGACCUUUGAGCGAGACGAAGCCAGCAAUGACCACGAGAAACGUGACAAAAGCUCGAGACUGACACGGCGGAUGUUCAAGACCGGGGACCUGGCCCGCUACAAUUCGGAUGGCACAUUGGUCUACAUGGGAAGAAAGAAAAGACAGACCCAGAGACUGCAGGUGGACGUAUGGGAAAUCCAACAGUGCAUCGAUGCGUUUUCGUUACCUGACCAUCCUUGCGUUGUGGAGCCGAUUCGUUGCUCGGAUGACGAUGAAUCCACGGAGUACCUGGCUGUCUUCGUCCAAUUCAUGUCAACUCACUUGGAGAAGGCCGAUGGCCAGAGAUCUAUAAUUGGGCAAGCUUCCUCGCAAUUUUCUGAUUUCGUCACCAAAAUGCACACGCAUCUGCUGAGUGCCCUGCCUGCGACUCAAGUUCCGAGGUUGUACAUUCCUGUUCCCAGAAUGCCCUUGACAUCACUUGGUCUGCUUGACCGUCGGCUUCUGAGGAAUGAGGCACAGGACCUUCCUGCACGGACACUCCUCGAAUUUGAUCUGAAAAGCUUCCAUGAGUUUUGGCGGGUUGAAUUGGCCAAUCCGAAGACCUCCCCUUCCCAAUCAUUCCCUUCAUCGACGAGUGCUACCCAUAGGAGCUCUACUACCAGCACGUACGAAUGGAACGGCAACAUUGAAUGGCGUGAUAUCAGCAAUUUGGAACGUGUGAGCCUUGAGACCGCGCUUCUUACCGCAUGGGCCCUCACUAUAUCCGGCUACACUCGAUCGGACGAUGUCAUCUUUGGAGAAUUGCUUCUCGACCAGCUGGAUUCUAGUUCCGAUAAAGCGGCGCCCGCCGUGAUUCCGAGAAGAUUCCGAAUGGAUGAGGAUAUGACCAUUGCGGAACUCAUGGGAAAGAUCCAAGAGCGCCUAGCAGCUGCUUCUCCCUUCCAGAGAGCUGGACUUCAACGCAUCAGAAACGUCAGCGCGGAUACUUCCCGUGCGUGCAGCUUCAGUAACCUUUUCUGCUUUGCGAGAUCCGACUGCGAGGUGCAGACUCCUGCUCUCGCAUAUCCUCUAGCAAUCUUCUGCAGUGUCGCAAAGUCGGAGCUUCAGCUGAGAGCUUGCUACGACGAACAGGUUUUGUCUGCUGCCCAGCUUGAGCGUAUCUUGGUACAAUUCGCACGCUACAUUGAAUACUUGAAGACAGAUCUCCGUUCUCAAGAGACGAUCGGUGGCAUGGCUCUCCGCAAGGAUCAGACUUGUUACUUGUCCAGCCCUGAUACUGCCUACUGGAGGAAGUACCUUGUUGAUGUCGAGUCCUGUGCUUUCCCUUCUUUGAACCCGGACAACGAAAGAAGUGGAUUUAGCUCGGCAAAAUUGGUGAUUGAAAAUCUGGCCAAUUUACGCAGCUUUUGCCAGAAGAUUGAAGUAACCGAGGACAUUGUGCUACAGCUCGUUUGGGGGUUGGUUCUGCGAUGCUAUACCGGUUCAGAAGAAGUCUGCUAUGGUUACUACCCUGAAACGCCACAAUCCGAGGGGUCGAAGUACCUGAAAGUACUUCCAAGUAGGCUUCUUCUUAGGGACGACUCCGGCCUUGGGUCAAUUGCUCAGCAGAGGAAGAACGAGUUGGAUCAGGCGAUGGAGCACGCCAUCUCUCAGAUGGAAGUGCAGCAUGAACUUGGCAUUGACAUGCAUUCCCUCUUCAACACUGUCUUCAAGUUCGACAGGUUUACGCAUCUUCCCAGUGACAAUAAUGGCCUAUCAACCCUGCUGAACGACACCGAGAAAGGCGUCUGCACGAUUGCUGUCAACCCCAGAUUUUCAUCUGUGUCUGCAGAAAUCCUGUUUGAAUACCGGACAGACGCCUUGUCAAAAGCCAAUAUUACGAGUGCUGUUGAUUGCUUCCAGCACAUUCUGGAGGAGAUUAUCGACAAUGACCCUGUCGACCAUAAGAUAGGGGAUAUCAAUUUCUUCAGCGAACGUGCUUGUCAACAAGUACGAGAGUGGAACGCUACGCUACCAGAGAGACCUGACAGAUGCGCACAUGAGAUAAUUGAGCAGCAGGUGCUGAGCCACCCUACUUCGCCUGCAAUCUGUUCGUGGGACGGCGACUUUACUUACGAACAACUCGACCGUCUAUCAAGUAAAUUGGCAAAGCAUCUUGUUCGCCUGGGGGUUAAACCCGAGGUCUUUGUUGGAUUAUGCUUUGAAAAGUCCGCUUGGGCAGUCAUCGCACAGGUUGCGGUUCUGAAAGCUGGAGGAGCAUUCGCAUCUCUGGAUCCCACUCAUCCAGAAGCGAGACUUAGGGGCUUGGUUGACGAUAUUGGCGCUCACAUCGUCCUUUGCUCUGCAAAAUAUCUCGACAAGGCUCGCCAGAUGUCCCGUGCCGCCUAUGUCGUGAGCGAAGAAACACUCAAUGAACUGCCAAACGCAUCGUCUACUGCGUCGAUGACGCAGCCCAGCAUCCACAACGCAGCUUACGCUAUUUUCACCUCUGGAACAACUGGCAAGCCAAAAGUGACUGUUAUUGAGCACAUUGCUCUCAGCGUGUCUUCACCAGCUUCUGCUCGUAGCUUGGGAAUGGACACGACUACCCGUGCUCUGCAGUUCUCCAGUUAUACUUUUGAUGUGAGCAUAAUGGAGAUUAUUAUUGUCCUCAUGACGGGAGGUUGUGUUUGCGUUCCCAGUGAAGACGAGCGCAUGAACGACCUGGCCGGUGCGAUUAGGAGACUGAACGCCAACUUCAUCAGUUGUCCUCCAUCAAUUGCAAACACGAUCCAACCCAAGAGUGUCCCAUCAGUGAAAACUAUUGUUACGGGAGGUGAAAAGAUGACUGCGAGCCAUAUCGACCGUUGGUCCGAUAGGUGUGUCAUCAAUGCGUAUGGGCCCUCUGAGUCGACCGUUACGGCAACGAUGAGUGUCAAAGUGGAUGAAGCAGGAGUACGCGUCAACAAUGAUUGCAACUCGAUCGGUGCUGCAAUUUGCGGCCGCACUUGGGUGGUUGACCCUAACAACUAUCAGCGCCUUCUGCCUGUCGGGGCUGUGGGUGAGCUGGUACUUGAGGGCUGCAACGUUGCCCGUGGUUACCUCAACAAUGACCAGAAGACGAAAGAAGCAUUUAUCAGUGAGCCUGCCUGGACGAAGGCCCCAGAAUUUCAAGGAAUAUUCAAGAGAAAGGAGCGCAUGUAUCGGACUGGUGAUCUUGUCCGCUAUAACCCGGAUGGCACAAUUUGCUUCGUCUCGCGGAAGGACACCCAGAUCAAGUUCAACGGUCAGCGCAUUGAACUGGAAGAAAUCGAACAACAAUGCAUCUCUUGUUUUCCUGGAGGCACUCAAGUGGCUGUCGAGGUUGUACAGCCCGAAUCGAAGACAGUUGCCAGAUCCAUCGCAGCUUUCUUUACUGUUGACGACCAAUCUGGUCUAGACAGAGCUGAUUUGGAUUCUCAAUUGCUCGUUCCUAUGGCAGAAGCAACACGCGAAAAGGUCAGAAAACUCAGGGAGGCCUUGGCCAAGGCUCUGCCACCAAGUUUGAUACCAAAGCUUUUCUUCCCAGUCUCCCGCCUGACUUUCUCAAACUCCGGAAAGCUCGAUCGCAAGAAGCUCCGGGCAACUGUUGAGACUCUGCCCAAAGACCAGCUCAAGCCUUACGUUACGUUGACAGCUGGCUCCAGACAAGCGUCUGAUGAGGGAGUUGAAGGGACACUCAGAAGCCUCUGGGAGGAAGCUCUGGGCCUUGCGUCAGGUUCGGUCAGUGCUGAAGACAGCUUUUUCAGCCUAGGUGGUGAUUCUUUCUCCGCCAUGAAGCUUGUUGGAGCCGCUAAUUCUCGGGGAAUCUCUCUCACAUUUGCCGACGUUUACGAGGAUCCAGUCUUUAUGAAUAUGGCUAAGCGAUGCGGCAUGUUGCAAGAAAAGUCCAGCAGACAAACUGUGACUCCGUUUAGCCUGCUGCCUUCCGCAGUCGAUCGUGAACAGCUCUUGGAGGAAGUCGCGGACCAAUGUGACGUACCUCGAGCAUCUAUUGUCGAUCUUUACCCAUGCAGCCCUGUACAGGAGGGUCUGCUCACUUUGUCAGUCAAGCAGAACGGUGCUUAUAUUGCCCAGCCAAUUUUCCGGCUCUCAGACGAAAUAAAUCUCGACAAGUUCAAAGCUGCUUGGCAACAGGUUGUGGAUGAGCUGGAUAUCCUGCGGACUCGUAUUGUACAUACUGAGUCUUUGAACUUCUUGCAGGCUGUUGUUGACAAAGAGGAGAUCUCUUGGGUCUCCGCAACCACCUUGGAUGAAUUGAUAGCUGAGAGCCCCGAGCUGCCGAAACACAAUGGCGGGCGGCUGACUGGUUACGCAAUUGCCGAAUCGCAGACUGAUCGGUUCUUCUGUUGGACAAUCCAUCAUGCGCUGUACGAUGGAUGGAGUAUCCCGCUCGUCCUGCGAAGAGUGGAGGAAAUUUACACUAAUUCUACAGCCAGUGCCCGAACGGUUCCCUACAGCUUGUUCAUAAACUAUCUGCUGGAGCGGAACAUGUCAGACUCUGACGAGUACUGGAAGUCUCAACUGGCCAACCUGUCUUGUUCUCCAUUCCCACAAAGCAAGAAUGCCCUGCCCGACACUGUCCGAGUAGGAAAUAGGCAUCACAGCAGCAUGAAGAUCUCUCGAGCCGCCAGCGGAGUUGAGCUGACGAUCCCCGAGCUUAUUCGUGCUGCGUGGGCGAUUGUCGUCUCUGCUCAUACCGGAUCCGGUGAUGUAUGCUUCGGCGAGACGCUGAUGGGAAGAAAUAUCGACCUUGCUGGAGUCACAUAUAUUGCUGGACCCGUUCUUACUACGGUUCCUACGCGUAUCCAAGUCGAGAACGAGCUUGCCAUCACCCAGUAUCUGGAGAAUGUGCAUCAUCUGACGACCACAAUGCUUCCUCAUCAGCAUUCAGGACUACAGCGAAUUCGAAAACUCAAUAGUGACACAGCAUCGGCUUGCGAAUUUCAAAAUCUGCUUGUCAUUCAGACUGGAGAGGGUCAGUUGGACAAGGGCUUGUGGGUGGCUGAACCCAACCAAACAAGCGGAGACUUCUUCACUCAUCCACUUGUCGUCGAAUGCAAGGUUGCCACUUCUGAGGUGUCGAUUACGAUGCACCAUGACGAAAUCGUGCUGAACAGCUGGCAGACUGAGAAGCUUAUCGGGCAGUUCAGCUUUGUGCUCGAGCAGCUGCUCUCCAUCAACAAGGGUGAUACAAGGAAGUUGAGCGAGCUCGAGAUUUUCAGCCCGCUUGAUAGAAACGAAGUCGCCUUAUGGAACAAGAGACACCCCGAGGCCGUGGAGAAAUGUGCUCACGAUAUCAUUUCCGAGAGAUGCUCUACCCACCCCGAUGCUCCAGCUGUCUGUGCUUGGGAUGGCGAGGUCACAUAUAGAGAGAUGUACGCACUCGCAUCGUCUUUCGCGUCCUAUCUGGUCUCUCGUAGCGUUGGACCAGAGACUAUGGUGCCGAUUUGCCUUGAUAAAUCUCUCUGGGCGAUCAUCACUAUUCUCGGAAUCUUGAUUGCUGGUGGUGCCUACGUACCCCUCGAUCCUGCUCAUCCAACAUCGAGACAUGAAGAAAUCCUCGCCGAAGUGGAUGCUCGUAUUCUUCUUUGCUCCCCUCAAUAUCAGAGUCGUUACUCGGGCAUUGUCAAAACAAUCAUUCCCGUCAGUAAGGAGACAAUCAGAGCUUACGGUGCCCUGAAUGGUCAGGCGAAGGGACAAAGCCGUGUCACGCCGUCCAAUAUGGCCUACGCGAUCUUCACCUCAGGAAGCACUGGUCGUGCCAAGGGUAUUAUCAUCGACCACCGCGCACUUGCAAGCAGUGCUAUGGCAUUCGGGCCGAUUGUGCACCUGAAUGAGACUUCUCGUGCAUUCCAAUUUGCGUCCCUUACCUUCGAUGCGGCAGUCAUGGAAAUUCUAGCUACUCUGAUGCACGGAGGAUGCAUUUGUAUCCCAAGCGAGGAUGAGCGCCUGAAUGAUGUCGCCGGCGCCAUUCGGAGUAUGAAUGUCACUUGGACUUUCCUGACUCCAUCGAUAGCCAGCAUUAUCGAGCCGUCAACCGUUCCCUCCCUCGAAGUGCUUGCCUGUGGAGGAGAGAAAUUGUCACGCGAAGUUGUGACAAAAUGGGCGCAUCGCGUGAAACUAAUCAAUGGAUAUGGACCCACGGAGACAACCAUCUUCGCUGUCUUGAAUAACGUAUCCCCAACCACCGAUCCUGCUUGCAUUGGUUACGGAAUACCUUGUACUUUGACCUGGGUUGUCGAUCCCGAAAACCAUGAUCGACUUACCCCAUUGGGAGCCAUCGGAGAACUGGCUUUGGAGGGUCCAGCUCUGGCAAGAGAAUAUCUAAAGAACCCCAAGAAGACCGCCGAGGCAUUCGUGGAUGAGCCCGCAUGGAAGAAGCAUUUCCGGUCGACCCUGCCGUCUCCGCGAAGAAUAUACAAGACUGGAGAUCUUGUCCGGUAUAAUCCUGACGGAUCGGUGGAAUACAUCAGCCGCAAAGACCACCAAGUCAAGCUUCAUGGCCAGCGUAUGGAGCUCGGUGAAAUUGAGCAUCGGUUACAUGAGGACGACCGCGUCCGUCAUGCCGUUGUCAUCCUACCCAAGGAUGGUCUUCUUAAGGGGCGGUUGGUCACAAUUCUCUCCCUGAACUCUCUGAAAUCAGAUUCGAGUAUCAUCUCCGAUAAUGCAUGCGAGCUUAUUAGCCGGGAGGAUCUGGCGAGAGUCGCUUAUUCUGAACUCAUCGCGAUUCAGAAGAAUCUCGAGGCCCAGCUGCCCAUUUACAUGGUUCCUCAGACCUGGGCUGUCAUCAAGAAGUUGCCAAUGCUUGUUUCUGGAAAGCUAGACAGAAAGAAGAUUACUCACUGGAUUGAGCAUAUUGACGAGCCAACGUAUGACAGGAUCAUGCAAGUCUAUGACAACAUUAAGAGGGGUCAUGUUGAGGACAGCGUCAAGGAAGAUAAGAACACGUCGGUCAAGACCUUGCAAGACAUCUACGCCCAAGUACUCAACCUCCCUUCAAACAAGGUCGACCCCAACCGGUCGUUUGUGAGCCUGGGCGGUGAUAGUAUUACUGGAAUGGCUGUCAUUUCUCGAGCUCGCAAACAAGGGCUUAACCUGACACUUCACAAGAUCCUCCAGAGCAAGUCCAUCGUUGAGCUGACCCAAACAGCGGAAGUCAAGACCUCGAGCAUUCAAGUCGAGGAGAAGGCGAAUGAAUACUUCUCUCUUUCUCCUAUUCAAAACUUGUACUUCAAAUCAUCACGCACAUUCAAGGAAACGGGUCGCUUCAAUCAGAGUAUGACUGUGCGUAUUACUCGAAAGGUUCAGCCAAGCGUCGUCAAGGAUGCACUCAAGGCAAUUGUCAACCAGCAUUCGAUGCUUAGGGCAAGAUUCAGCAGAUCUGCAGUCGGAAAAUGGCAGCAACGAAUUACCAAUGGCAUUGAAUCAUCUGUUCGUGUUGGUAUUCACUCAGUCAUGAGCUCCCCUGAGAUGCUGGGCAAGAUUGCCAAUACCCAGUCGUCUCUGGAUAUCGAGAAUGGACCGAUCCUUGCGGCCGAUUUGUUCAACAUUAAUGAUGACGAACAAGUCCUUUUCCUUGUGGCCAAUCACCUGUGUAUCGAUAUGGUUUCAUGGCGCAUUAUUCUUCAGGACCUGCAAGAAUUCAUCGAGACCGGCUCGCUGUCUUCCGAGAAACCCUUUUCGUUCCAGAGCUGGUGCGAACUGCAACUCGAAAAUACCAGAUCCCAAACAGAUGAGGCCAAGCUUCCGUUUGCCAUUGAGCCUCCGAACCUUAGCUACUGGGGCAUGGAGAGCGUGCCCAACCAUUACGGCCAAAUCAGGAUGGAAUCAUUUGUCGUGGACGAAGACAUUACUUCGUUUAUUCUGGGUGGCUGCCACGAGAUGCUGCGCACAGAAACGAUCGAUAUUCUCCUCGCCGCAGUUGUGCAGUCAUUCUGUCGGGUCUUCACAGAUCGCAGGAUGCCAACCAUAUAUAACGAGGGUCACGGUCGUGAAUCGUGGGAUUCGAACCUUGAUCUCUCACGGACUGUGGGUUGGUUCACCACAUUGUGCCCACUGCAGGUCGACGAACGCUCAGAUUUCGUCGACACGGCAAAACGAGUCAAGGACUUGAGACGGAAGAUAAAGGACAAUGGACGAUCUGACUUCGCUCGCAGCCUUCUCCAGCCCAAAAAUACCGAGGCGGAGUUCCCUGUUCCGUUGGAAAUCGUCUUCAACUAUCUUGGUCGAUUGCAGCAACUGGAGCGCGAUGACUCACUUUUCAAGCACUAUGGAGAGGCGUUCGACGAGGAGAAGUUCAGAUUAGCUGGAGACAUGGGUCCAGAUACUCCCCGGUUUGCCCUCCUGGAGAUUUCCGCACUUGUCGUCAAUGAUAAGCUCCAGGUUUCGUUCACCUACAAUCGACAGAUGAAGCGUGAAAAUCAGAUCUUCGAAUGGAUUUCAGAGUGUAGGAGAGUUCUUGAGAGAGAUGUCCUUCGCUUCAAGGAGUCCAUGCCGGAACCUACCCUCAGUGAUUUCCCCUUGCUCCCUAUAACCUACGAUGGGCUCAAGAAGCUCACGAGCACAACGCUGCCAAGAGCAGGGAUCAAGACCUGGAGCCAAGUAGAGGAUAUCUAUCCAUGCUCGUCAGUGCAAGAGGGUAUCCUCCUCAGCCAGCUUCGGGACCCCAGUGCGUACAUGUUCCAUGUGAUCUUCGAAGUGCGCUCUCCUGGAGGACGCGACAAGGUAGAUCCAAACAUGCUUCAAAGCGCGUGGUCAGCCGUUAUCAAUCGGCAUCCGAUCCUGAGAACCUUGUUCAUCGACAGCAAUUACGCAAACGGUACCUUCGAUCAAUUGGUGCUCAGGAAAGUCGAAGAAGGAGCCAUCGUUCUUUAUUGCAACGAUGCCGAUGCUCUUGUCAAACUCGAUGCUGUCAAACUCUGUGACAUCAACGCCGGACGAAACUCACGGCUGUUGCACCAGUUGACAAUUUGCAGUACUCAUUCUGGACGAGUGCUUAUCAAACUGGAAAUGAACCAUGCCAUUAUAGAUGGCGGAUCAGUUGACCUGCUUUUGAGAGAUCUAGCAAUGGCAUACAAGCAUCAGCUGCCAGAAGGGUCCGGUCCGCACUUCAGUGACUAUAUCAAGUUCAUCCGCGGGAAAUCUCAAAACCAAGCUUUAUCCCACUGGAGACAAUACUUGUCGGAUGCUCGUCCCUGCCAUCUGACGUUCUCCGAGGGAGCAAGUGGUAGCCGUCAAUUAGGAUCAGUGAUGGUGCCGUUCAGCAAGUAUGCCGAGCUGCAACAAUUCUGUGAGAAGAACUCCGUAACACUUGCAAAUCUUACUCUCGCUGCAUGGGCAAUCGUCUUGCAGAGCUUCACGGGUUCGGAUGAUGUUUGCUUUGGUUACCCUUCUGCCGGUCGUGACGCUCCAGUUCCGGGGAUCCAAGAAGCAGUCGGAAUAUUCCUCAACAUGCUCUGCUGCCGAGUCAGGUUCUCACCAGGGAAGACUCUGUUGGAGGUUUCAAAGACAGUGCAGGAUGACUACAUCAAGAACCUUCCAUACCAGGAUUGUUCUCUCGCAAGUAUUCAGCACGAACUUGGGCAAAAAGACCUGUUCAACACGACAAUCUCGAUUCAAAACCACCAUGCCGUCUCGGAAGAAUCUGGAAACGACUUGCUCUCCUUCAAUGUACAGAAGGCGCAUGACCCGACAGAGUACCCUGUCACCGUGAACGUCGAGACUGCCAAGGGCCACGAAGGGAUCUUGCUACGAUACUGGACCGAUGCUGUGCCCGGAGACAAAGCCCAGGAUCUUGCAGAUGCCAUUGCCAAUAUUUUCAGCUGCUUUAUUGACAAGUCGUCUCAGCUGGUCUCAGAGUUGGACCUCCGUGGCGGACAAUGGAUGAAGGGGAACUCUUCGGGAACUGGUCAAUUCAUUGACAGCAAGUCCCUUCAGGAGCUGAUCGAUCGCCGUGUCACUGAAAUAAUUAGCCAAAUGCUCAAGGAAGGAACACUGGCCAUGCCCGCCGUUGAGAGUGGAAAGGGCCAGUUCAAGGGGACGACCCCCGUUGAACCCGUUCAUGUUGCAGUUAAGGCAAGAAGCAUGCCCCGUGAAAGGGAUCUUUCUGACUCGACGGCAACUCUCACUGAGGAUCACUCAAAGCUCGUGGACCUAGAAAAAAGGUUAUGGAAACUUUGGUGCUCGGCAUUGGGCCUGUCAUCCGACACUAUCCAACACCAGGCGAGMUUCUUCAAAUUGGGUGGUGAUAGUAUAACUGCGAUGAAGAUGGUCAGCGCUGCGCGCGAGGAUGGGCUGACAUUGACUGUGGCUGAUGUUUUCAACAAUCCUGUCUUUGAGGACAUGCUGGCAGUCGUCAAUGUUUCCAACUGUUCGUCUGCUUCGGAACCUGACUCUCAGACCGACAGUGACAAUGAGAAGCCAGCAGAACCUCCUAAGAUCGUUGAGCAAGAGCGGAACCCACCGCCACCGGAGAUUUCACUCCUGAAGACCGUGCCUUUGAACGACAGCGCUCUGCAGAAUGGAAUUUGCCCAAAGAUCGGUGUGUUUAAAGGAGGUAUUGCCGACGUUUUGCCUGUUACGGACUUCCAAGCCAUGUCGAUUACGGCUACAUUGUUCAAGUCCCGCUGGAUGUUGAACUACUUCUUCUUUGACGGACGAGGAUCGCUGGAUCUGAGAAGAUUGAGGGAGAGCUUCUUGCGCGUUGUUGAUGCUUUCGACAUUCUCCGAACUGUCUUUGUCUGUUUCAAUGGCCAGUUCUUCCAAGUGGUGCUAAGAAAAAUACGGCCAAAUAUCUUUGUUCAUGAGACCGAGAAGAGCUUGGAUGAGUACACUGAGUACCUCCAACAGCAAGAUCGCGAGCAAGAGGCGCGGCAAGGCGAACAGUACGUGCAGUUCUACAUCGUGAAGAAGAAGGGCAGCAACCACCACCGAAUCUUGAUUAGAAUGUCGCAUGCUCAAUUCGACGGACUAUGCCUGCCCACCAUCAUGUCAGCCAUCAAAUUGGGAUACGAGGGCAGUACUCUGCCCCCGGCUCCUUCCUUUGCGAAUUACAUGCGCAUGCUGUCGGGAGCAAUCACUCCAGACCACUAUCAGCAUUGGACAAACCUGUUGAAGGGAUCGAGAAUGACGCAGGUAAUUCGAAGAACCGAGGAGAAUAGCUAUCGCCAUAUUGGUGCUUUCACGGAGCAAAGAAAGACUCUGGAGAUCCAACCCUCGGUCCUUGAGAAUGUCACCAUUGCUACCGUCAUGCAAGCAGCAUGGGCGGUUACGCUGGCCAAGCUGUCCGCUCAAUCAGACGUCGUCUUCGGACUCACGAUCAGUGGCAGAAAUACUUCAAUCCCAGGCAUUGAAAACACUGUUGGCCCGUGUCUCAAUGUGAUUCCAAUUCGAGUCACUUUCAAAGAGGGCUGGACUGGUGUUGAUCUGUUCCGCUAUCUACAAGAUCAGCAGAUAGCAAAUAUGCCCUUCGAAGCCUUGGGUUUCAGAGAGAUCAUCAGACGCUGCACUGACUGGCCCAGCUCAACAUAUUUUGCCACCUCGGUCUUCCACCAGAACGUCGAAUAUGAGGGCCAGAUGCAGCUAGACAACACUACAUACAGAAUGGGAGGCGCCGGUGUCGUCGACAACUUCACCGACAUGACAUUGUUCUCCAAGUCGUCCAGCGACGGCAAACUAGGUGUCUCUCUAGGGUACUCAGAAAAGGGCCCCAUCGGCCCUAAAUUCGCUGCCAAGGUCCUGAACAUGGUCUGCGACACCGUGCAAAGCCUGCUGGCCAACUCCCGUGUCGGGCUCCCGUCCCCAUCCAUGCUUCGCUCAUUACCUUGCCAAACCGUCCACGACGUUCCCAGAAUGUCAGACGAGAUGUUCCUGUCUUCACAUCUGAAAAACCGGAGCAUCUCGGAUAUCCUCGUCCACUCAGACGUCCUGACGCAGGCCUGGCAGCAAGUCCUCCCUCGCAAGAAUGCCGACGAGCCUCAAUCCGCCUUCCAGCUAGACUCGUCCUUCUUUGAACUCGGAGGCGAUGUUUUCGACAUGGCACAAGUCGUCUGGCUCCUCGAGCAGGAAGGACUGCAGGUUCACAUCGAGGACCUCCUUGAACACCCGACCUUCCUCGGGCAGAUGGCCGUCUUGACGCUGCACAACUCACGGAAGAGCGAUUCCAUGGAGGAAAUCGUGGCCGUUGAGGAGAUUCCUUUGCCUGCCGCGAGGACUGGCACUUCAAGUUCGCUAGGGAAAGCCUUGACACUGGCGAAGAAGGUCACAAGAUGGAGCGCACUGUCGGCUCGAGGGUGA